UACAAAUCAUCAUUGAAGUUGCUGUGACCAUUUUUGUCCUUGAACCUAACUUUGUUGAAGGUAGAGCAAAUACAUCUAUUGACUGCAUGAUUGGUGGAUAUCCUGGAAGAAGUCAAAACAUUAUUUGCACUAUACGUGGGACUCUGGAAAAUGGAAUUAAAUGGUGGCGACCAAAUGGUGGAUCGCCCGAAGAAGUGAUUAUAUGCAGUUAUGUUAACGCUGGGUGUUACACAGUUGGUAUUCCAGGCUACAGUGCUGUUGUUGACACAUCUACACAGCUGACACUUACCAUAGACUCCUUCAAUCCUGCAACAGAUGCUGGGACAUGGACUUGUAGUGAUGGAAAUCCAAAUAUUCUAAACGCUACAUGUAACAAUACCAUCAUGUAUGGUCCAAGCAAUGUUACAUUCAUUCCUCCAACACCAAAUGUCAAAGAAGGAGAAGACCUGGGCCCGUAUUUAUCAAGGAACUUAAGUUUUGACUUAAGUUUGAACUUAAGUUUUUGAAAUUGACUUAUCUAAGUCAAAAAACUUAAGUUGGUAUUCAUCAAACAACUUAAGAAAAACUUAAGUAAGUCAGAGAGAAAAACUUAAGUUUGUGGUCGUUAAGGAAGUACUUACAAUUCAUAAACAUCCGGGGAUACACAUUUUUAAAAUUAAAAACCGAGAAGUAAAGAAUAACUAAGGGAAGAUUAAACAAUGAAACAAAUAAAUCGAAAAAAAUACAUAAAUAAAAAUAAGGCCAUUUCAUUGUACACUGCGCAUGAUUAGUGGAAAUUCUUUACCGGUUCUUGUUGAGUGUUACGCUGGCGUGAUAACCAAGCUAGGGAAAUCCCAUCUAUUUUUAUAUGGGAUUCCCCAAGAGUUAUUGCAGACGACAAUGUCAUCGUCAUGGAUGGAAAAAAAAGACGGCCAAACUGGACCAGCGAAGAAUGUCUAAAUUUAGCCCAGUUAGUGGCGACUAAAAAAAAGUUUGUUGAGGGCAAAUUCUCUCCUGAAGUGACGUCAGCAAAGCGGCAAGAGGCGUGGCAGUUCAUUACAAAUCAAGUAAACGCCACAUCAAGCCAAAUAAGAACCAAGGAUGAGGUUGAAAAAAAAUGGAAAAACAUGAAGAGUUCAUCAAAAAAACAUUUGUCUGCAUUUAAUUGCAAAACCAUUGCAACAGGAGGAGGGACACCACCAAAACCACUGAGUCCUGUUACUGACACAGUAAUAGAUGUCAUUGGCAGAGACAAUGUCUCCCUCACUGGUAUUCAGGAUGGGCUUGACACAUGCAUGCUGCAGUUUCUGGAUUAUGAUCAAUCUAGUCAAAAUCAAAUUGUUGUGAUGGCUGAACUUCAUCCAGAGCCACGUGUACACCAGCAAGAAAGUCUAGUUCCUGUACAGCAGCCAGACAUUCCAGCCUCUGAGAGGCAACCCAUCCAGACUUCUUCACCAUCUUAUAAUUCUCAGUUGAAAGAAAAACUGAAACUGGAAAUAGAAUGUCUGAAGCUAAAAAAAAAAUAUUUGAAAAUGAAAAUUGAAAACCUUGAAGAAUAAUUUUUAAAUAAACAUAACGAUGUAGAAAUGUUAAAACUUUAUUUUCCAUUGACAAUUUUAACAAUAAAUUACAUUAAAUUCCAAAACAAUAUAUCACUUUUAAUCAUGAAUAAUUUCAUUUCAAAAACAAAAUUGAAAUAUAAUUAUGAUAUUACAUUGAUGUAUAUAAAUAGCAGGUACAAAACUAUAGGUAGUACUAAACCAAAUAACUUCCGGCUGGGUCAAAAUGCGAGGUGCACCCAACUUUUGAUAGAGAAGUGAACACCACAAGUCCUGUGAUUGGUUAUAAAUAUGAGUGUGUUGAUUGUA